GCACCAGGCUGGCUGGCGGGCGGCCUCUGGGGGCCCCGGAGGCAGUGGGGUCCAUGGCCGGGGUUGCGUGCUUGGGGAAAGCCACAGAUGCCGACGAGUGGUGCGACAGCGGCUUGGGCUCGCUGGGUCCGGACGCGGCGGCCCCCGGAGGACCGGGGCUGGGCACAGAGCUGGGCCCGGGGCUGUCCUGGGUGCCCCUCGUCUUCGGCUACGUCACGGAGGAUGGGGACACGGCACUGCACUUGGCGGUGAUUCAUCAGCACGAGCCCUUCCUGGCUUUCCUCCUGAACUUCGCAGCUGAUACUGAAUUCCUAGACCUACAGAAUGACCUGGGCCAGACAGCCCUGCACCUGGCAGCCAUCCUGGGAGAGGCAUCCACCGUGGAGAAGUUAUACGCUGCGGGCGCCGGGCUGCUGGUGGCGGAGCGAGGGGGCCACACGGCGCUGCACCUGGCCUGCCGCGUGGGGGCACACGCCUGUGCAAGCGUGCUGCUACAGCCCCGGCCCCGGUGUCCCCGGGGAGCCCCCAGCAUCUACCUCACCCAGGGCCCUGACCACACCCCCGACGCCUACCAUGCCCCUGUCGCCCCACCCCCCAAUCCCAACUCAGAGAAGGAAGUGGACAGUGAGGACUGGAAGCUGCAGCUAGACGCCGAAAACUAUGAGGGCCACACUCCACUUCACGUGGCCGUCAUCCACAAAGAUGCCGAGAUGGUCCGGCUGCUCCGGGUGGCCGGCGCGGACCUCAACAAACCGGAGCCCACGUGUGGCCGGAGUCCCUUGCACUUGGCUGUGGAGGCCCAGGCUGCCGACGUGCUAGAGCUUCUCCUGAGGGAGGGUGCCGACCCCGCCGCCCGCAUGUAUGGCGGCCGCACCCCACUGGGCAGCGCCAUGCUCCGGCCCAACCCCAUUCUCCCCCGGCUCCUCCGCGCCCACGGAGCCCCUGAGCCCGAGGACGAGGAGAAGCCCGGACCCUGCGCCAGCAGCAGCAGCAGUGACAGCGGAGAAGAGGGCGAGGAAUAUGACGACAUCGUGGUCCACAGUGGCCGGAGCCAAGACCAGCUACCUCCCACCCCAGCCGCAGAGCCUCUUCCCGAUGCCCCCGUCUAAGUAGUUCCGCCGUUAAUAUGAUCGCAAACCUAAUAAAAUUCCAAGUCUGGCCACCGGA